UCGUAACGGUCAGCCAAUGGACGUUGCUUUUAAAAAAAAAGCCGGGACCUGAUGUUGAUUGACGAGCGUUUUGACCAAUGGUGGUAGAGGUUAGAUUUCAAGCAGCCAAUCACAGACCUCAUGCGGGUCUGCUCUUUCACAGGUUGCGCAGGGAUGUCUGCUUGUUGUAUCCAGUCUAAUUUUGGAGAUAUACACGCUUUUAUUACAAACAUAUAUUUUGUACAGCAGUCUAAAUAAUUAAGUUUAAUAAUAUUAUGACCCCUGUAUUAUUAUUUUUUUUAAAUAUUGCGCAUAUUAUUGGGUUCGACACACUUUGUUCAGAGUGACACAAUCAUCUUGUUAAACGUCACCCUUUUUUAAAAUUUUAAUCCCUGAUCCAAGACCGCGGCGGCACUGGCAGUGACGUCGUUCUUCAUCGAAAGCGCCCAGCUGUUCCCAUUGGCGGGUUCCCUGGCAGCUCCCGCGUUCCCAUUGGCUGUUUUGACGAGCUGGUUGCCGGGCAGACUGUCCCCGGUGUGGCGGGAAGCUCGAGAGGAGCGGUUGAUUUCUAACGGCUGGAGCGCGGGGACGAGGCGGGAAAUAAAUAAGUUGACUGAUUCCACCAGGAGCAGUUUAAAGCAGUCCGGUGUGCAGAGGAUAUUUCAACCCUAUGGCGACGGCACAGCUGCAAAAGAAAACUUUGGGCACAGCUGUGUUUCCAAGUAAAGUCACCACAGAGAGUGAAUCUCUCGUCCUGGUGAAAAGGCUUCUGGCCGUGGCCGUGUCCUGCAUCACUUACCUCAGGGGGAUGUUUCCUGAGAGAGCCUACGGGAACAAAUACAUAGAAGAUCUCUGUGUUAAGAUCCUCAAAGAAGACAAGAGCUGCCCGGGGGCGACGCAGAUUGUAAAAUGGAUGUUUGGGUGCUACGAUGCUCUGCAGAAGAAGUAUUUGCGUAUGGUUGCCCUGUCAGUUUACACUGAUCCAGAAGACCCUCAGACAGUCACAGAGUGCUAUCAGUUUAAAUUCAAAUAUACCAAGGAUGGAGCGGUUAUGGAUUUUGAAAGCAGCAGCAAUAAGAAAACGGACACCAAAGUCUCCUGUUGGGACACAAGGAAAGCCAGCGUGCUUCUGGUCCGCAAGCUGUAUGUCCUGAUGCAGAACCUGGGACCAUUACCAAGCGACAUCUUCUUGAACAUGAAACUGUUCUACUACGACGAAGUGACUCCCGCUGACUACCAGCCCCCGGGGUUCAAGGAGGGCGACAGCGACAGCAUGAUGUUCGAGGGGGAGCCGGUGCACCUGACCGUGGGGGAGGUGGCCACGCCUUUCCACAGCCUGAAGGUGAAGGUGACCACGGAGAGCGACCGCAUGGAGCAGGUGGACCAGGGGCUGAUCUGCACAGGCAAGACCAAGCAGAGCCUGCAGCUGGACGACACAGAGGAGGGGGGAACGCAGGACGGCAGCAUGAACAUCAUACAGGAAAGCACACUGGAGGAGGCCAGGGCAGUGGAUGGCAAUGUGAACAGCAUGGAAAAGGAGGACUCAGAAAUUGUGCUGACCUGUCAGGAGGAUAUGAAGACUGCUGAUGAAGGAUCCUGCCUGAGUGAUUCUCAUUCCCAGGUGGAUCAGCUGGUCAGCAAGACCUCAGGCUUGGCUGUGGCUGGCAGAAGGACGAGGAGUGGGAGAGGAAUAGCGCCCUCUGUUGUGGGUGGGGGAGAGCUUUGCAGGACAUCUCCCAAAACGGGCAGAAAGAGGGGACUGGCUGAGAGGAGCAAGCCUGUUUCCCGGUUUGAAAUACCGUGCAGCCAGGAGGAUGCUCCAGCACCAAAGAGAAGGAAGUUUAGUGAGCCCAAGGAACGCUUUUAAAGAGAGGAAUCGACAGGUUCCUUUUGGUAGCACCGCGGCAAGGAGCUCCCAGCUGUGACCCCUAUAAUAUCCACGCUACACACAGGGGGCUGUGUGUGGGUCAGUGGUGUACAGGAGACUGCGAUGGGAAAAGGAUUGACUAACAUGGUUUUAUAUUGACAGAGUGGACAGAGACUCGCUUUGUUAAACGUGAGAGUGCUUUUAAAACGAAGCGGUCCCUUUAACGUUCCUCUGCAGCUCUUUUGAGGCUGUGUUAAUGUGCAUGGUGCAGUUCUGCGCAGUGGAUUCAGCGUUUUCUCCUGCUUUUUGAUCUGUGUUCGCAGAGCUACUGUUUGUUCCACAGCACCUAUUUCUUUUUGUACUGGUCGUGUUUUUGAAGUGCAGUCGUGCGAUCGUCAUCUGCGCUUCACAGGCUGUUCAAAGUGUUCUCUCCUGCACACCGGCUAGAGGCAGUUUUAUUUUAUUUGAUAUAAGUCUUUGCGAUAAAACUUUGUACUUUCUUUAAAAAGACUGUGACAGAUUUGAAGUGCAUUUCCUAUCAGGCGGUCUGACGUGUUAUUUUUUUGUCCGGUUAUAUGUUGCUCUUCAAUAAACGAAGACAAAACGAAAAGAUGUUCUGUGGUUUCUUGAUAUCGCGUGCCGAUGCAGGCUCGGUGACGAUGGGGGUGGCAUUAGGAGUAAACCAUCAUUAGGAAAUAAACACGAGGGCACCUACCAUCUGAAAACAUUUACACAGAGAGGAGUGCGGCUCCCACCACUGCUUCUCUAUUUACAUCAGCGGAAGAGACUGUGUUCAAAUCUGAUGAACAGAAAAUUGUGAGUCAGCAACUGGGCAUGGGAUUCAAACCCAGUCUGAUCGUCGAGCUCCCAGUCCCUGUGCUUUAACCACUUGG